AUGGUAAAGGCCAUUGAUGAGAUCCGCAACGAGCUAGGCGGCUCGGACGAUGCUGUCUCCACGGACGACGAGGAUCUCAAGGCUCAUGGCUUCUCCGAGUGGUCAUCUGUCAACGUCGAUGUGCUGCCUGUGGCUGUGGCCUACCCGCGGUCAACCGACCAAGUGAGCACAAUCGCCCGCAUCUGCCACAAGUACAAGGUCCCCGUCAUUCCGUACAGCGGUGGCAGCAGUCUGGAGGGGCAUACCGCGGCUCCGUUUGGUGGUGUAAGCGUUGACUUUGCUUUCAUGGACCGAGUACUCGAGGUUCGGGAGGCAGACAUGGACGUGACAGUGCAGCCCGGUAUAACAUGGUCAGAUUUGAACCUCGAGCUUGAGAAGAGAGGAACCGGCUAUUUCUUUCCAAUCGACCCAGCGCCGUCCGCCAAGAUCGGAGGCAUGGUUGCCACAAACUGCUCCGGAACCAACGCAGUUCGGUACGGGACAAUGAGAGACUGGGUCAUCAACAUGACCGUUGUCCUGGCCGAUGGGAGCAUCAUCAAAACCAGACGCCGGCCUCGAAAAUGCUCUGCUGGCUAUAACCUGAACGGCCUACUGGUCGGCUCCGAAGGAACACUGGGCAUCGUCACCGAGGCAACGCUCAAGCUCGCUGCCAUUCCUGAGCACUUCUCUGUCGCGGUCGUCCCAUUCCCAUCGCUCAAGGGGGCCGUUUCAGCUGCCGCGGCCGUCAUCCGCAAAGGCGUCCCGGUCGCUGCCCUCGAGCUCAUGGAUGAGGAACAGAUGAGGAUCGUGAACGAAGGUGGCGCCACAAGGCCCCGGGUGUGGAAGGAGACGUCGACCCUAUUCUUUAAGUUCUCCGGGACCGAGGGCACGGUGCUCGAUAAUAUUGAAACAGUCAAAGCUCUUGUCAAGCCAUUCGGACCAGAUGCGUUUGAGUUUGCCAGAGACAAGAAGGAGCAAGAGUCCCUUUGGUCCGCGCGCAAGGAGUCUCUGUACUCUUUGCUUGCUUUGCGCAAGGAGGGACAGAUCCUGUGGAACACAGACGUCGCCGUGCCCUUGGGGGCGCUGGCACGCGUUAUUGAGGAGAGCAAGAGCGAGGCCAAGAGUCUUGGACUGAGUGUUUGCGUCAAGGGUCAUGUUGGCGACGGCAAUUUCCACGAAAACAUCACCUACAGUCCGAGGGACCCAAUCGAGGCGGCCAACACCGAGAAAGCGGUGAAGAACAUGGUGAAGAGGGCUCUCGAGGCAGAGGGUACCUGUACAGGAGAGCACGGCAUCGGGUACGGGAAGAAGAAAGCGCUUUCCGCCGAAGUUGGCGAUGGCACCUUGCUUGUCAUGAAAAUGCUCAAGAAGACCCUUGACCCGCAUUGGAUAUUAAACCCCGGAAAGAUCUUUGACCCUUGA